AUGAGUAUGUCUAAACGUGUUGCAUUCCGAGUUCAUGGUGAAGUCCAAGGAGUCUCAUUUCGAUACUUCACCAAAGAAAAAGCGACUUCAUAUUCCCUGACUGGCUGGGUGAAAAAUGCUGCGAAUGGAAAGGUAGAAGGCGAAGUCCAAGGCUCUGAAGAGGAUGUCCAAAAGUUGUUGAAGGAUAUCGACAAAGGACCUACACAUGCUCAUGUGGUGAGAGUCGAUAAAUCGGAUUUGGACCCGGUGGAUGGGGAGAGCAAGUUUGAAGUUAGACAGUGA